AUGCGGACACUUGGGGCAUCCCUUUUAUUGCUAAAGCCACACAUCUAUCUCCAUAGAUUCUUUUCUCCAACUCCAAGAGCAGUUACACUAUCUCCGUCUCUACCUCUAAGCAAAAUUCUCCAUUUUCAGGCCUCAAGUAGAGCCGUCACUACAAUAACAUCCAUGGCUGAAACCACCACCGGCGGUGGACGCAGCGAACACGUCACCGGCGAUUGGUUCUCCGUGCCGGAACUCAGACUCCGCGACCAUUACUUUACUGUUCCUCUUGACUACUCUCUCGAUUACCGUACUUGCCCUAAGAUCUCCGUUUUCGCCCGUGAGGUCGUCUCUGUGGGAAAGGAAGAACAGUCCCUCCCAUUUUUAUUGUACUUGCAGGGUGGACCAGGGUUUGAGUGCAUGCGACCUACUGAGGCUGGUGGAUGGAUAAGCAAAGCAUGCGAGGAAUACCGUGUUAUUCUAAUGGACCAGAGAGGAACAGGCUUAUCAACACCCUUAACUCUAUCAUCUAUGUCUCAAUUCAAAUCAGCCGAAGGUUUGGCCAACUACUUAAAACAUUUCCGAGCUGACAGCAUAGUUAAUGAUGCUGAAUUCAUUCGCAAACGUCUCGUUAUCGAUUCUGGACCUUGGACAGUACUGGGACAGAGUUAUGGGGGGUUUUGUGCAGUUACUUACCUGAGUUUUGCUCCACAAGGACUGAAACAGGUCCUUUUGACUGGUGGACUUCCUCCAAUUGGAAUCGGAUGUAUUGCAGAUGCUGUAUACAGAGCAUGCUUUGGGCAGAUUGUUCUUCAGAAUGAGAAGUAUUACAAGAGAUUUCCUCAAGAUAUUGAAAUUGUCCGUGAAGUGGUAAAUCACCUAGCUGAAUCUGAAGGAGGCGGGGUGCCUCUUCCAUCUGGUGGCGUCUUAACACCACGGGGACUACAGCUUCUAGGUUUGUCUGGUUUGGGAUCUAGCACUGGCUUUGAGCGUUUGCACUACAUGUUUGAGAGGGUCUGGGAUCCUGUAAUAGUUCCAGGAGCACCAAAGAGAAUCAGCUACUAUUUUUUGAAUGCUUACGAGAAAUGGUUCGAUUUCGAUACAAAUCCUCUAUACGCUCUUAUGCAUGAGUCCAUUUAUUGUCAGGGUGCUUCUUCACUUUGGUCUGCUCACAGAGUAAGGACUGAAAAUGGUGGCCAAUUCGAUGCAGUAAAAGCUGUCAAAGAAGGACGCCCUGUGCUAUUUACUGGUGAGAUGAUAUUUCCAUGGAUGUUUGAUGAAAUGCAUGCUCUGAGGCCUUUUAAAGAAGUUGCCCAGUUGUUGGCAGAGAAGAAAGAUUGGCCUCCUCUAUAUGACGUUGCCUCACUGAAUAGUAACAAGGUGCCAGUUGCAGCUGCAGUGUAUUACGACGAUAUGUAUGUUAACUUUAAGCUGGCCUUGAAUACUGCUUCCCAGAUAGCAGGAAUUAGGCCAUGGAUAACUAAUGAGUACAUGCAUUCUGGUUUGAGAGAUGGAGGAGGUCAGGUGCUGGAUCAUUUGCUAGGAAUGUUGAAAGGAAAGAAGCCUUUGUUUUGA